AUGGAGGAGUUGGCUAGGGAGAGCAUCAGCUUGCUAGCCAGACCCCCCUUGGAGCUGGGAAGCCCACAUCUCUCUUCGGCCGCGGCCGUCUUCAUCAUGCUGAAAUCCGCCCUCGGAGCCGGACUCCUCAACUUCCCCUGGGCGUUCAAUAAGGCCGGAGGGAUCACACCGGCCAUUCUUGUGGAGUUGUCACUCCCCAAUCUUGGAGGUGGCAAAAUUGUAUGCGAUACUUUUUACCCAAAUGAAACUGUGAAUGGAGGUUUUCCCCACCAACAUUGGUUCAUCGACCAUCGUUUCACCUUGUCCGUCCUUUGCAUCCUGGUGAUCUUCCCUCUUUCCAUCCCUAAAGAAAUUGGGUUCCAGAAGUACACAAGUAUUCUGGGCACCUUGGCAGCGUGUUACCUGAUGCUUGUUAUUGUCGUGAAGUACUACCUCCGAACGGAUCACGUCGUCCUGCACGAACACCACCUCCCUCCUGGGGUCUAUUCUUGGACCUCCAUGUUCAGCGUUAUACCAACCAUCUGCUUUGGAUUUCAGUGCCAUGAAGCCUGCAUUGCCAUCUACAGCAGCAUGAGCAACAAGAAGCUCUCCCAUUGGGUAGUGGUAUCAGUGAUGUCCAUGCUCUUCUGCUUUCUUAUUUAUUCUUUGACAGGACUGUAUGGCUAUUUGACCUUCGGUGCCGAUGUGGCUGCCGACAUCCUCAUGUCGUACCCAGGAAAUGACGUAGUGGUCAUCAUCGCCCGGCUGUUGUUUGGCAUCUCCAUCAUCACCAUCUACCCCAUUGUCCUCCUCUUGGGAAGGUCCGUCCUGCAGGACAUCUGCCUGAGCUCCAAGCACAGCGAUGCGCUGACUAGGGAGCCGAAUGAGAAAUGGACGCGGGUCCUGCUCACCACUGCUUGGGUCGUAGUCACCCUCAUCAUUGCGCUCUGUGUCCCAGACAUCAGCAAAGUGAUCAGCGUCAUUGGAGGCAUCAGUGCUUUCUUCAUCUUCAUCUUCCCAGGGGUCGUAGUUCACCAACAUCCAGACAGCACUGUGAACCCAACCAACGUUGUACCUGGACCAAAGUUGCCAUGGAUGAUGGGGCACGCAGUACCCCCAUGA